AUGGGAUCCUCAUACUCCACAACAUCAGAGGAUGUCAACUCUGUCCGACAUGAAGCUUCACCCUCUCAUGAAGGGAACAAAAUAUACUACCCAAGACACUCAGCAGAUGCCGUCGAGAGCUUUAACACUCUCCGACAAAAGCUGCCGUCUGAACUCGUCCUGGAGAUCCUAGAAUUUGCAGAGUACUGGGUGUUAUCUACCGUCCACAGAGAAGACAGUGUGGAUUAUACUGAAAGCGACUGUCGCGACCGAACCCCAUAUUUGACAUCUGAGCCCAUUCAAGGCGAGCGGUUUCCCGUUCGUGAAAUCAGAAUCAACAUCUGGAGCCAUGAUCAAGGAUGGAGCAGCUAUCGCGAAGAUCACGGCACAUUCAGAAACUCUUGGACGUGGUUUGAUCUUGCUAUCGAAAGACCACCAGGACGAGACGAUAUCUCCAAAGAUGAAAAUCUACGUCUGGCAACCAAUGUUCACGCUGGACGCGCAGCGAUGCAUCACCGGAUUAUGUUCCACCGCGACCAGAAAUUACGCUGGAUGCAAAAUCUUCAAGCAGGCGAUCGGAUUUUGAUUGUGCCACGGGCGCUCUUUCCCGGGUGGAGGAAUACCGUGGAAAAGGCUUCUAUUGAAGUUUACACGAGCCCUGUUCUGUGA